AUGAUACCAAGAGAACACAUACUAGAAGACAUAAAUAAACAACAAAGACAACAAAAGAAAGAUAAUCAUCACUACAGCAACAACAAAAUCAUUCAACAACAUUUGGGCCAGCAGCAGCAGCAGACAACAAAAAUGAAACAAACUUUGUCAACAACUACAACAACCUCAACUCCCAGUGCUGGUAGCAACUCCACUAAAAUGACAUUUGAAGAGGAAUUCCCUUUAUUGUCAGCAGCAACCAAUAAUAAUAAGAAAAAAAAUAAGAGUAUUGGGUCAACCUCUACUUCUACAACUACUACUACAUCAAGAUCAUCAUCACCAAGUAAUAGUCACCAAGGUUACAAUAAUAAUAAUAUUCAAUAUCAACAACCACCACAACAACAACAACCAUCGUCACCACCACAACCUGUACGAUCACAAUACAUAUCAAAAUACAUUGAUGUGAGUGAUGGCGAUGAGAGUACGUCGUGGAAGAAACGUGAUCUUUUAUACUAUUGUUUUAUCCAACGUCAUCACGAGGUUACCACGAUUGCCAACUUUGUAGAGGGAGCUGCUCAGCUCUACGGUCUGACAUCUGACAUUACACUGCUCGACAUUGGAUGUGGAUUGGGUAGAAUGUUUGGAGAAUGGGAUCGUCGCAAGGUGUUCAAGCAUGUUGAUGCCAUGGAGCCAGAUCUCGACUAUUGGACGUUUGCCUCGGACCAUGCCAUGAACACAUCUGACAAGGUGACAGCUAUCCACGGUGGAUUCAUGGACGUGUCUGUCAAGAACAAGUACAAAAUGUGUGUUAGUGUCCACGGUCCAUUCCAAUACCUGUUGCGUCUCGAGGACAAGCUCGAAGCACUGCGUCGUAUCUGGAUAUCGCUUCAACCCGGUGGUGUCGUUCUAUUGGACGUUUCCAACUUUCUCGUUGGUCUCUCUCAACUCCGAAACCAAACCGAACAAAAGGUACUCGUCAAUGGCAUCCCCGUCAAACGUAUCAGUAAUAUUGAAGUCGAUUUCCACAAUUCCAUUUGGCGUCUCCAAGACCUCUUUUUCAGUGUAGACUCUCCCAUGGACCCAGAUGAAAUUGGUAAUGGGUAUGGCGACGGACAAUACGUCUGUGAAAACCACCAAUUUGCCAUCUACACCUUACCAGAACUACAACUCUUGUUGGCUAGUUGUGGAUUCCAAAAUAUUCGUUCAACCAGUAAAUAUUGUAUUCAAGAUUUAUAUCAAGGUUCAAUAUCCGAUGGUCCUAGAAUCAUAGUUUUGGCUCAAAAACCAACAAACUCUUCAAAUCAAUCUUAA